CUUCGGGGUAGAUGAGAAGAAGAGGGAGCGUUUAUGCGCAUUUCGGGGACGAAAAGAGCUGAGCUGAAAUAAAGCACCUUCAACAGACUCCCGGCAAUCAUGGGGAGUGUGUUCCUGCCGGCGGACGCGGCCCACUCGGUGCUGCGACGGCUGCGCAGGGCCAACUUCUUGCUGGAGGAGAUGAAGCAGGGUAACAUCCAGCGGGAGUGCCGUGAGGAGAUCUGCACCUUUGAGGAGGCCCGUGAGGCUUUUGAGAAUGACGAGAAGACGAGACGGUUCUGGGAGGAAUACGUGCGGGAGAGCAGUCCAUCUGGAGGGCUGGAGACAGUGGUUGGAGGAGUCCACUCUCUCUACUUGAUCGUGCCAUUGCUGCUGGUUGUGCUCAUCAUUGCCACCGUCGCCAUCACUGUGUGGCGCUGCCACUCCCGCAAGCGCUCGCAGCGCAGCCCCAGCCUGGGACAUUCGCAUCAUGACCACGUCCUGUCAGUGGUCUCUAUGGACCAUUGGGGGAGGGAUUACCACCACGGAGACCAGUCAGAACUCAGUGUCCACAGCAGCCCAGCUUAUCCAGGCUCAGAGCUCACAUCAGGGAGAGGAAGUGCAGGAGACCCGCCACCAUCUUAUGAGGAAGCUGUGGGCCAUACAGAUGUCCACAUAGAGACAGAGCCACCGCCACAGUAUGAGGAUAUAGUCAACACCAGCUCCACUAGUGUCAACGGUGGCCAUGGGAGGUAAACCUAUCUCUCACUACAACCCCAACAAAAGCCCUAACCUACACUAAGACCAUCUUAUCAUUUAGCAGUGCCACUGUUGUGGCAUCACCAGCCUUCCCCACUCAGCACAUAAAGAAACACUAUUAACUGUCUGGUCUAUGGUCUAAUGCAAUGUUUGCCGGAGCCAGUGCUGCUGAAAUUUGCACUAACCUUUCAUCAAUGACGUGAGGUGAUAGCAGGAAGGAGCAAAUGAUUUUGCAAUACCAAAACCAACCAACACCUCUGCUGAUUUUGCUGAAGUUGCAUCUGUGCUGUCACAAAUGUCGUGAAUCAUUCAAGUCAGCAGGCAUAACGAAUGAAGCAUGUCACAUAAAGAAAUGAAGGGUUCUGAUUGUCAUGAUGAAGGACAACUGUUCUAAAAGUGUAUAUGGGGUUGAACUGAUGCUUUAUUGAAGGUUAGUGCCAAUUUGUUUUGUCACAAGUGGUAAAUAGUGGAUACUUUUAAUACCUUUUAAAUUUGACCUCUUUGUUGUCAAAAAUAAUAUUUACUGUUACCACCUAGAAUUUUAUAUAUUACAUAGUUUAGAACAAUUCCACUGAAACUAAACACUGAAAUUAAAGCUGCAUUAGGUGAUUUUUGACCACCAGGUGGCAGAGAAAAUCAAGAACAAACUCAAAGUCAAGCUCAUCAUGGCUAACCUGUGGGCAUACAGUUAUCGACUCACACAUCCUGCAAACACACAGCAUCAUGUGCAUCCCACUGGAGUUUCAUCACACCGUUUACAGCCAGUUGAGUCCAAAAAUACUUGUCAGCUCUGGUUUGUUAAACCAGUUUGAGUCUUUAGUUCACUAAAUACUAAAUAACUUUUUUUUCUUUGCAGUUUUGUGCUGGCCACGUAGUGGAUGCUUGGUUUGUGUAGGCUUGCGAACCGUCAAUAGGAAAUAAAAAGGGAGCUUUUAACAAUUAGUGAACACUGAUAGAGCUGCGGAGUUCUGCCGUGCUGUUCAUUCUCAGUGGGUUUGAUGCUACUAGCAACCCUUCCACAUUACAAUCAGUUAUUUGAUCAAAAAUAUAACUAAAUGCUGGUUUAAAUAGUCGAGUUGCCAAAGGAAUGCAUCGCAUCGAUCCAACUUCAGUCUACACUCGUGAAUGUUUUCAAUUUGAAAUGUUUAAAUUUCGAUCAGUUAUAAAGGGGGUGCUGAAAUGUGUUUUGUGUAUGUGUGUCAUAUGUGCGUAUAUUUUGGUAAUGCAUGCAGCCUGGUCUGUACAUCCGAGGUUGAACCUGGCUACUGUUUAUUGAUGGUUGGUGUUUCGCUGGCCCGUCUCCACCUCCAGGGCUGUUUUUUUUUUUUUAGCCCGCUUUAACUGUGAAAAUCCUGCCCUAACGUUUCCCUCAAAGCAAAUGUAACCAUGUUGGAUAUCACUACACACUCAGUGCCACUUUCACUAAUUGUAUACUGAGGACUCUUCAAAUAGGUUUGCAGCUACAGCAUAAAUCUAAAUUGUGGAGUGACAUGCACAAGAAUGUGAGACAGAAAGCAUUAGAAAAAGAAGCUUUGGGAAAAGUUACCAGAGAUGAGAGAUUCUGUAUUUAAAUUCACUCUGGACAAAGUUCAUGUUUAGCAUGUGUAAUGUACUUGUAUAUAAAUAUGUGUAGCCUGUGUGUGUGAAACUAAGUUACAGUGAGAUUGUUUUUUUUACUGCAUAGGAAUGCGGUGAAUGCGUUGAUAACUUAUACAGUAAGUCGAGAAUACAUGAAGGCACUUUGUGUUUAAGCUCAAAAUGGGCUUUUUGAUGGAAAGUAGGACAGGUCUGGUUUGAUGUACUCAACAUCACUCUCAGCCAUAACGAUGUCACUGUAAUCCUCUGGAAAAAAGUGCUCAUACUCAAUAUAUGCAAUGUUGCUGCAUACACUAAAAACCAAAUAUAUCUGUUAAAUGUUCACAGAUACUGAUAAAUGUCACAUUUUGUGUCACCUCACAGACUUUGAGCACUGAUUAUCAUUCUUCUACUUCUUGUGAGUUGACCUGUGAACCUCAGCACUUGCUAUGACCUUGAUCUGAGUCGUGCUAGUGGAGGUAGCCAUUUUGGUUAGGUCAGUUGUUGUACUGUUAUUUGCAGAGCCCCCUUUUUUGUUUUUUUAACAAUGCCUUAUCAAACAAAAUGUUAUAUAACAUUAAAUGCAAGGGAAUUUGUUAUAAAUCCUUUAUGUGCAGAAGCUUGAAUUAAUUUGUAAUAAAACAUUAAAAAUGUG